AUGCCUAACCCCGGCGAUCAACAUACGAUUGUGAAGAAUCCUUUCCAGGAAGUCGCGCCACGCAUGUCCGAGUAUACAGCACAGGAAAUUGCGACGCUGCAGAACCGAUUGGAGAAGCAAUUGGGCCCCGAGUACCUGUCUGCCCGUUCUGGUCCGUCUGGCCAGAAAGUUCACUAUAUUGCCGCUGAGAAGGUCAUUGCUCUGGCCAAUGAGGUGUUUGGGUUCAAUGGCUGGUCUUCCUCCAUCCAAACGAUCCAGAUCGAUUUUGUCGACGAACAUCCCCAGACACUUAAGAUCUCCAUCGGUCUAUCUGUGAUCGUGCGUGUCACCCUCCGCGACGGCUCCUUUCAUGAGGAUAUUGGCUAUGGCCAUAUCGAGAACUGCAAGGGCAAGGCGGCCGCCUUUGAAAAGGCCAAGAAAGAGGGGACGACAGAUGCACUGAAGCGCGCUCUGCGCAACUUUGGCAAUGUCCUCGGUAACUGCAUCUAUGACAAGGCCUAUGUCGAAAAGGUGUCGAAGAUCAAGGUGACGCCAAACAGAAAAUUUGACGAGCGCGGAUUGCACCGACACGCAGACUAUGCCGUCAAGGUAGAGGAGCCGCCGGCAGCACCGCCAGUUUCGGCGGCAGCUGCAGUUCCCAAGGCCGAAUCAGUAUCUGCUUCUACUUCUGCAUUCGCAAUGGACCCAUUCGACGAAGACCUGUUAGGAGACUUUGAUGAGGCAGAUUUUUGUGUGACUGAGGAGGGCCACCCCGACGAAUUCGCAGUCCCUAAUCCAUCGGUCCCAUCCUUGCCACCGCCCGCACAACGGUUUCAGCAGUCAAGAAGUGUCAGCCCUGUCCGCCAAAUUCAACCACCACAGCGCCCAGCGGGCAAUGCUAAUGUCCCGCGGCCACCACAAACACCUAGGCCUAAUGGCGGUGUCGGAGGAGGCCGGUCGUAUCAGGCAGCCAACCAGGCAGCCAACAAGCCGCAGCCAGCUGGCCAUUACCAGGCGGGAAAUGCUGCACCACGGCAGAACAUGAACAACGGCAGCAAUAGUGGCAAUGGCAACGGCAACAACAGCAAAUCGGUCAAAGAGGAAGAAGGCACGCCGUGGCUAUCGGCCCGGGCUAUUGCCAAGGUUGGAGAGGGCGAUGCUCUGGCUGCCGUUGCGCCUUCGGUUCAGGCAGGACAUCUGUUCAAUCCCAAAGCUGAGAGCCCAUCGAUUCGCAAGACUCCAGGUGUUGAUCAUAACAGCUCAAAGCCAAUUCCGAGAGUUCUUCGCCCAGGCGGACAACAAAGCUCGACACCUACGCCCGACAGGAGCCUCGGACACAGCACCGGUGCCGGAAGCGUUGCAGUAAUCACAACAGGGAUUGGUACAGCAGCUGCUGCAGGGCCAGGGCGUGCCAACUUCAACCAUUCGAUCCCAGAGUCGGCACGCCGCAUAGGGGCACCUUCAAGCACGUCCAGCCCUCUGGCCAACCGUGGCCAAUUCCGGCCACCGCCCAUGAAACGUGGCCCGCCGGGCGAUGCAGCGGCUACACGACAGCCGUUGUCAGAGGUGACUAGCAAUGUUCCUACGGAAGUUGGCGGCAUAGAUUAUAAGAGACAGAAGCUUGCGUAA